AUGUUCCUGAAAUCUUUUGUGCCCUACUUCUUAGGAGUAACCUUGGUAAUGUGUUUUGACUCCUGGAUGUGGAUUUCGACCGUAGGUUGGGAUUGGUUCCAAUAUUACAUCGCCAGAGACAUUAAAUACGCACAAAUGUGCAUCAUGAUGUACUUAAUGUUCACCUUGGGUCGCGUAAUACAGAGCAGAUUUAACGCUUUGAACAGAAUGUUAAAAAAAGUUGUACACAGUAUCGUGCAAAAUGAAAACGAAACAAAUGGUUCGGGUACUUAUUUAUCCACUAAACCAGAUUUGAAAACUUUAUCCAAGAGUUAUAACGACCUAUGUGAAUUAGUGGAUUUAUAUAAUUUUUUGUUUGGAGUUAUAAUAGUUUGCGUGGCUUUGUCCACGAUAGCUAUUUUAUUAAAUAAUGCAGUUCUGGCUAUUAAUUACUCAUUUAAUAAAGACGAUAUGGAUGGGAUCGGUUUUGGCUUGAAUUUGCUAGCACUUUGUUUAGUUUGGGCCAUAAUAUGUUUGGUGUACUCCUCACUCAACACAACACAAAUAACGAGAGGGCAGAAUCAGAGGUGUUUUGCACUAAACCUUAUUCAUUCUAAAAUUCUAUUAUCUACUGAAUGUGAAGUUGCUAGAAAUUAUCUGCAGAAAUUAGCAUACGCUGACUCGAGGCAGUGUUAUCAAGACUUAUACGUAGAAAAGAUGAAAAAUGUUCCUGAAGUCGUCAUGGAUUAUUUUAAGAAAAAUUGGGAGCCAAUCAGGAAUGAAUAA